AUGCGUCUGUCGGGUCUCCAAAAAAACGUGCUCGCCUUGUACCGGCAAUGCCUACGCGAAUGCCGCAAAAAGCCCGAGGCAAGCCGCGAGAACUUUCGAGUCUUUGCGAGAAACGAAUUCGAGAAGAACAUCAAGAUCGAUAAGCGUGAUUUUGGCGCCAUCGAAUUUCUGCUGCGCAAAGGCCGCCGACAGCUCGACAUGUACGCCUCUCCAGGAGUCAAGGACAUCAGAUGA